CCAAAGCAAAUGAAGAAAAAAGUAGAAGCAAUGGAUAUAUUCUUAUCUUUGCUCCCUCAACAUAAACAAACUUGUUAUUGUAAUCAUCCUAUUCCUGGCUGGCUGGCUGGCUAUAUACCUACCAGGCCAUCACUACCUUGAUCUUGAAAAAUGGAUUUCAAACUGGAUUUAAAACUCCCAAAUGAAGUUGAUCUCUCCAUUUCCAAAAAUGAACAAGUCGUCGUUUUCGCCUCUCACCAGACAGAUUCCAUGUUUAUCCUCACGUCCGACCUUAAAAAAGGUGGCUAUGAAAGAAAGGACAUAAAGAUUGAGAUAAAUGAGGAUGGGAGUAGAAUGACAAUAAGUGGUGAAAAGCCCAACAUUAGGGGAUUCCAGAAAACCUUCAUAAUCCCAGAGGGGGUGGCUUUGGAUAAAGUCAAGGCCAGGUUUGACCAAGACCAAUCAAGGCUCACUAUUCGGAUGCCGAAAUUGGUAAAAGGGGUGGUCGCUGGUGACGGGAUUCAAGAACUCAAACAUCCUACUCCUGUUCCUGGCAAGGGGGUCCCAUCGGCAGGAAAACAAGCGGAAAAUCAGAAUGCAGACGAAGAAAUAAAGCAGCAAGACCAGAAACCCAAAAGUCAACAAGAUAAAAAUGAAGAAGAAAGAAAGCAGCAAGACCCAAAACCCAAAAGCCAGCAAGACCCGAAACCCGAAAGCCAACAAGAAAAGGCAGCGGAAACAGAAAAGAGUUCUUCUUCUUCCACUACUACUACUAUAAUAGCUGGAUCAACGCUACUUAUGUCUCUAAUCGUUGUCUUUUUUGGCUUCAUUCGCUCUAAAAAUGAAUCUACCAAGAAAACAAAUUAACAACUCCAUUCAUUCAGCUUCUUCUAUGUUUCAUAAUAUAAAACAAGCAUUUUCAACAAAAAUGUGGUCUUUCUUUCAGCAUCCAGAGACUAUUCGUUGCGCAUCGGGUCCAAACAGGCCACUAACUUUUAGCGAAGCACAGGCUACAUAUCACAUUCCCUUUGCAACAUGCAUCUAUAUCU